AUGAAUGAGGACGGAGUGCCUGAGGUGAUAACAGGGUGGUCGAGUGGGAAGGUGGACGUUCGUAGCAGUCAGACCGGUAACGUCAUUUACAAGGACACCUUCUCCUCCACUGUGGCCGGCAUUGUACAGGCUGACUACCGAUUGGAUGGCAAAGAGGAGUUGAUCUGUUGCUCUGUGGAGGGAGAGGUCAGAGGUUACCUGCCUGCUAGUAUGGGGAUGGUCUCCCAGCAACACAGCCUGUCAUUGGGGCCGGAGAGCAAGGCACUGCAGGAGCUCACAAAGAGAAGACAGGUGUGUGAGAACUUAACGAUGGAGCUAAAGAAUUUUGAAAUCAACGAAAAGGUAGCCUCGUCCAAGGACCCUGAGGGGGAGGUGGGUGUGUCUGGUCCUAUGGGGGUGAUCCCGGCCAGCACCAUGCUUAAGACAAAGUUUGGAGUCAUCAUUCCUGACGGAGAGACACAGGGAAACGCCUCAGUGAGUAGCUGCUUGUGCUCCAUCCUGGUACAAGUGCAAAGAGUGCAAGUCAGCACUAAAGAAAGAGGGUUAAAGAAUCAAACUCCUAAUUUGAGAGAAUGGACAUCUCUCAUGAUGACUUGCCGAUUCACUGGGUGACUACAGAGUGGGAGAGGAGUACUUCAUGCACGUUUACAAUUAGAACAGCGACUCCAUGCAGUGUUAUAGUAGUUUCAUAAUUAUAAUGAAUUUUAUAUUAAAGUUAGCUUAUUUAUAUAAACUCACUGAGAAGAAAAUACUUAUUUACAUGCAUCUAUUAUUAUUAUCUAUUG